CUAGAUAUAGUUGGGGAUCAGAUAGAUGGACCUUCCUAUGUGAUUCGCAUCCCUGCUCACUUGCGCACACACCCAGCCUUCCACGCUUCAAAGCUAGCACCUUUCUCAGAGACUGCACAGUUUCCUUCCAGAUGAUCAAUGCUGCACCCAACCAUGGAUGGCGAAGUCGACAUUGAUGACAUUGUGGAACACAGAGUGAUGCCUGCUCCCAAGCCUCCCGGCAGAGGCCGACCUCCAAAGCCAAGGAUGCAGUACCAGGUCAGAUUCAGACAUCACACUGAUCCCAGUGAAGAUCGGUGGUUUACCAGAGAGGGACUGCAGCAGACAGCUCCCCAAGGCGACUUCAUUCACCCACGCGUGGUGAAGGAAGCCCGCUUACCCACGACAGGAUCUCCAACUCCCAUCUCCGUGACCCUAGGGGAUGACAAGACCCAGCGCUUCUUCGAUCACACGGUCACCGAUCUCCCCUUCUUCCUCACUCUCGAGCCAACUGAUCGUUCCCCGGCGUCUCGUCGCCACCGCUCCUUUGCACAUUUCGAUGUGAUGGAGACGGGGUACGACUUCAUUCUCGGCACUCCGUGGUCUCGUCGGUUCCGCAGCACCGAGGCCGAUUGGGCGACCAACACUCUCGUUCUCAAAACGACGUGUGGACAAACGUAUCACGUAUGUUUCAUAGGUACCACGGCGACACCACGCCCCGAUUCUCCUCCCUCGGAGCCUUCAGUGCCCACACCAUCUCCCUCUAUGACUGUCACCUCGCCUCGGCAGUUCGCUCACUUCAUUCGACAGGACGACGUCACCUUCUUUAUGGUGGACGUGACGGAUCUCUUACACUAUGAUCCACCCUGUCCCGACRCCGAGCUCAUCCCUCUGGASCCAGAUCCYCCCUCYAUCUCCAUGGCUCYCAUCUCUACUUCCGUSCCUCCGCCGUCCGUCGAGUCCACCCCGCCGUCGCGCGCUGACGCUGACGCUGAGGAACUCGCACGAUAUACGGCUGACUUGGAGCCCACAGUUCGUGACCUCAUCCGAGAGUACCUCGACGUUUUUCCAUCGUCGUUUUCGUACGCCGGCAUCCCACCGAUGCGUGACGUCGAGCACUCCAUUCAGCUCGUGCCUGACUAUCGUGUUCACCACCAGGCACCCUACAGACUCUCGAUCCCCGAGGCCGCCGAACUCGAGCGUCAGCUUGAGGAGCUUCUGAGACUGGGUUUCAUUAAUCCCAGCAACUCCCCGUGGGGUGCACCCGCCUCUUUGCUCGCAAAGCGGAUUUACCAUCAGAUCUGCGUCGCUGCAGCCGACCAGCCGAAGACAGCGUUCCGAUCGCGAUUCGGUCACUACGAGUUCACGGUGAUGCCAUUUGGCCUCACCAACGCACCCGCUACCUUCCAAAGGGCGAUGAACGACAUCUUCAGGGACAUCCUGGAGCAGUACGCUCUCGUCUACCUCGACGAUAUCUUGAUCUAUAGUCAUACACUUGAGGAGCAUCUCAGACACCUCCGCGACGUCCUUGACCGCUUGCGCAGACAUGGCUUCUACGCCAAGCUAAGCAAGUGUCGCCUUGCCCAGCACAAAGUGGAUUUCUUAGGACACUACGUGUCUGACCAAGGUCUCCACAUGGAUGAGGCGAAGAUCACUGCUAUUGCGGAGUGGCCCGCUCCCACAUCCGCUAAGCAUCUUCGCAGUUUCCUAGGCCUGACCAGCUACUAUAGUAACUUCAUCCGGGGAUAUCUACGUGUCCGAGCAGUAGCAGAGUUCCAUGACCAGGCAGUUGCCGGUCAUAUGGGCUUCCACAAGACGUUGGCUCGUAUGAGCCGCCUGUACGUCUGGCCGAAGCGCAAGGACUUUGUGAAGGAGUACGUCGCAGAGUGUCCCACCUGUCAGGAGGUGAACACUGCGAACCACCUACCUUGUGGUUUGCUCCAGCCUCUUCCUAUCCCUGAGGGUCGUUGGCAGUCCAUCUCGAUGGACUUUAUCGGGCCUCUUCGACCUCCGACCCCCCGCGGUCAUGAUGCUAUCCUGGUCGUCACCGACCGCUUCACGAAGGGUGCACACUUUGUUCCGUGGCGCUAUGCCAUCAGUGCACGUGAGGUCGCCGACAUCGUAUUUGACCGAGUCGUGCGUGACCACGGCUUACCUCUGAGCAUCAUAUCUGUCCGUGACCCGCGCUUUACCAGCCGAUUCUGGCGACGGCUCCACGAGAUGUACGACACUCAGCUCCGCUUCUCCGUGUCUUACCAUCCUCAGACUGAUGGUCAGAUCGAGAAUACGAACAGGACUCUCGGGGAUAUUUUUCGAAAGAUUGUUCGUGACGACCAGCAGUGGGAUCUACAACUUGCCCACGCGGAGAUAGCCUACAACCACGUCGUCUCGCCAGCCACGGGGAUGUCGCCUUACUAUUGCGACCUCGGCUAUCACCCGCGUGUUCCCGCGGCCUUCCUUCGACCGUCCCAGAUGCACCCCGACAUGAGUUGUCCCGCGCUGGAUGCUUGGGUUGCACACAUGACGUCGAUUAUGAAGACUGCACAUGAGCACAUAGCCGCUUCCCAGACUCGCAUGGCAGCACGUGCGAACCGAUCGAGGAUGGAUCACCCAUUUAAGGUCGGUGAUGAUGUGCUUAUCGACGCCCGCCACUUACAGCUCGAAGCGGACACGCUUGGCAAGUUUCGGCAUCGCUUUUUUGGCCUAUGCCGCAUCCUCCAGGCCGUCGGUUCUGAUACGACAUCUAGCUCGGUGAACUUUCGUGUGAAGCUGCCCGACUACCUACGCCAGGUUCGUGUGCAUGAUGUCUACCACGUCUCGUUACUGCGUCCUUACCGCAGACCGUCUGAGCAUUUCGCUGGACGACCAUACGAGCGCCCUCCACCCAUCAUGGUGGACAGCCACGAGGAGUUCCUCGUUUCAGACAUCAUUGGUCGCCGAGUCACCGACGACAACCCUCCCCACGUCGAGUAUCUCGUACGUUGGAAGGGUUACCCUGAUGAGGAGGCUACCUGGGAGCCCCUCGAGCACUUGCAGCACGCUCGCAUGUUGGUGCGUGCCUAUGACCGUGCUCGUCGUGCUGGGUUCACUGCUCCUCCUCAGCCCACUAACCCUCCUCCUUCUCCUCCGGCUAAGGAGACCGCUGAAGUUGAGCCUGCUCCAUCUGAGGUAGACCUUGAGCAGCAGCCGGAUGCUUCUGAGCGUGCACAGCGCACUCGUCGUCGUCCUGCUCGAUAAGACGAUUGACUCUCACUUACCUUCCCACGUCUUUGACUUCUCAGUAUUCCAUCC